AUGAAGGUAGCAGACAAAGCUAGAAAGCUGGCUCGAGCACCAACCGACCUUCAGAAAGCCCGGGUCCAGCGAGAUGCAGGUCCCAGUGCCCCAGUGGCCGCCCCACUGUUGAAAAAGAUUCCAGAGGUCUUAGUGGACAAAUGCAGCGGGUGCCUUUAUGUAAGGGGACGCUUUCUGAACAGCAGAAGGGGCUGGCCUAACCAGUGCUCUGUUUCUAUCCCAGAGGAGGCUGAGGAUCCUGCAUGCAUCCCCAUCUUCUGGGUCAGCCAGUGGGUAGACCAAUCAAAGAAGUAUGGACUUGGGUAUCAGCUCUGUGACAACAGUACAGGGGCACUCUUCAAUGACUCAACAUGCCUUGUCCUCUACAACGAUGGUGACAGCCUCCAGUACAUAGACCAGGAUGGCACGGAGUCCUACCCCACCAUGAGCUCCCACCCUAACUCCUUGAUGAAGAAGAUCACACUCCUCAAGUAUUUCCGCAAUUACAUGAGUGAACACCUGCUGAAGGCAGGGGCCAACAUGAAGGCAGGGGCCAACAUGAAGGCAGGGGCCAAUAUGCAGGCAGGGGUCAACACAACACCCUGGGAAGGUGAUGAGCUGGCCCAGCUGCCCUACCUGAAAAAUGGCUCCGCACAAGCCACAGCAUCCUUCUGUACCUCAGCAAUGGCACUGUACAGAUUAACUUCUUCCAGGUGUGCAGGGGCCUGUACUUGGGGUGGCUGGGUGGGGUGGAAGUGCUGUCCCUUUCACCCAGUGUGGGGCCUUCCUCCCCUUUGCCUCGACCUCAGGCACCAGCUGAGCUCUUCACCUACUCCCUUCUUCCCGCCAAGGACCACACCAAACUUAUCCUGUGCCCCAUGAUGGCAGCUGUGACCUGCAUCAACAAGAACCAGGACUUCCACACAUACUGCCUGAGCCUUCUGGAGGAAUAUGGCUGCUGUGAGGAACUGGGUAGACAGCUGUGCUAUGCCCACACCAUGGUAGACAGGCUGCUGAGCUCAAAGUCUACCAGCAACAAACUCGAGGACAAUUCCUAGGCCUCUGUCCUUGGGGCUAGUGCCCCUUCACUCUGCAAGCUCUGCCUGGGGCUGCAUUGCUGGCUUCUGGGACUGCUGUUCAGUGCCCGUGUCCAUGGGGCUGGGUGGGGAAGGGGUUAAUGUAUAAGUUAUGUUUGUAUAUGUUUGGUUCUGAGUUUAUAACCUCUUCCCCUGCCCUCAGCCUACUGUAUACCUUGUAUAGAUAUAUUUCUAUUGAAUUUGAGACUGUUCUUUCCUUGGCUUUAUAUUUAUUCAAUAUAUGUGCAUAUCUUUUC